GUCUUUCUCUGUUGGCCAGGCUGAAGUGCAGUGGAGCAAUCUUGGCUCACUGCAACCUCCGUCUCCCGGGCUCAAGCAAUUCUCCUGCCUCAUCCUCCCGAGUAGCUGGAAUUACAGGCAUGUGCCACCACGCCCGGCUAAUGUAUUUUUAGUAGAGACGUGGUUUCACCAUGUUGGGUCUUGAACUCCUGACCUCAGGUGAUCCGCCCGCCUCGCCUCCCAAAGUGCUGGGAUUACAAGCGUGAGCCACCGCGCCCGGCUAGUAUUUGUAAUUCUUAUCUAUCACAUUAAGGCUCUUGUCCGGUGUGGUUGUGUUCCGGGGCGGUCCCCGACCCCGCCCCUCACAAGCCCCGCCCCCGCAACGGGCCCCGCCUCCUGAACUCCAGAGCUCCCGACCCCGCCUCCGCAGGGUCCAGGCUUCCCCCUGGUGACAGGUGGUGCUGGUGUAGUCAAGGAGGAAGGCUCGCUUUUUUUGGUUCAGGUUGUCAUGGUGGCGCCCAGCCCGCCUUGCCGGCCUUGUCUUUUCCGGUCUCUGUCCGGCGUGGCAUCGGAGGCAGGCACCGUUAGGUCUUCCAAUCCCUCUCUGUCAUGGCGACGCCCUGCCUCUUCUUCCGUCCACAGCCUGUCAUGGCGGCACCCGAAAUAGUCCCUGCCGGGGCCAGCCUGUUCUGUUGCCCUGGCUCUUCCUAGUCCAGGCUGCCAUGGCGGCGCUCAGGGCUUACCGGAAGUAAAACUUCGGAAGUGAGGCGCUCCUCUGCCCGGAAGUGAGCGCGGCGCUAGGAAAGAUGGCGGCAGCGGCGGCGGUGGGCAACGCGGUGCCCUGCGGGGCCCGGCCUUGCGGGGCCCGGCCUGACGGGCAGCCCAAGCCCGGGCCGCAGCCGCGCGCACUCCUUGCCGCCGGGCCGGCGCUCAUAGCGAACGGUGACGAGCUGGUGGCUGCCGUGUGGCCGUACCGGCGGUUGGCGCUGUUGCGGCGCCUCACGGUGCUGCCAUUCGCCGGGCUGCUUUACCCGGCCUGGUUGGGUGCCGCAGCCGCUGGCUGCUGGGGCUGGGGCAGCAGUUGGGUGCAGAUCCCCGAAGCCGCGCUGCUCGUGCUUGCCACCAUCUGCCUCGCGCACGCGCUCACUGUCCUCUCGGGGCAUUGGUCUGUGCACGCGCAUUGCGCGCUCACCUGCACCCCGGAGUACGACCCCAGCAAAGCGACCUUUGUGAAGGUGGUGCCAACCCCCAACAAUGGCUCCACGGAGCUCGUGGCCCUGCACCGCAAUGAGGGCGAAGACGGGCUUGAGGUGCUGUCCUUCGAAUUCCAGAAGAUCAAGUAUUCCUACGAUGCCCUGGAGAAGAAGCAGUUUCUCCCCGUGGCCUUUCCUGUGGGAAAUGCCUUCUCAUACUAUCAGAGCAACAGAGGCUUCCAGGAAGACUCAGAGAUCCGAGCAGCUGAGAAGAAAUUUGGGAGCAACAAGGCCGAGAUGGUGGUGCCUGACUUCUCGGAGCUUUUCAAGGAGAGAGCCACAGCCCCCUUCUUUGUAUUUCAGGUGUUCUGUGUGGGGCUCUGGUGCCUGGAUGAGUACUGGUACUACAGCGUCUUCACGCUAUCCAUGCUGGUGGCGUUCGAGGCCUCGCUGGUGCAGCAGCAGAUGCGGAACAUGUCGGAGAUCCGGAAGAUGGGCAACAAGCCCCACAUGAUCCAGGUCUACCGAAGCCGCAAGUGGAGGCCCAUUGCCAGUGAUGAGAUCGUACCAGGGGACAUCGUCUCCAUCGGCCGCUCCCCACAGGAGAACCUGGUGCCGUGUGACGUCCUUCUGCUGCGAGGCCGCUGCAUCGUAGACGAGGCCAUGCUCACGGGGGAGUCCGUGCCACAGAUGAAGGAGCCCAUCGAAGACCUCAGCCCAGACCGGGUGCUGGACCUCCAGGCUGAUUCCCGGCUACACGUCAUCUUCGGGGGCACCAAGGUGGUGCAGCAUAUCCCCCCACAGAAAGCCACCACGGGCCUGAAGCCGGUUGACAGCGGGUGCGUGGCCUACGUCCUGCGGACCGGAUUCAACACAUCCCAGGGCAAGCUGCUGCGCACCAUCCUCUUCGGGGUCAAGAGGGUGACUGCGAACAACCUGGAGACCUUCAUCUUCAUCCUCUUCCUCCUGGUGUUUGCCAUCGCUGCAGCUGCCUAUGUAUGGAUUGAAGGUACCAAGGACCCCAGCCGGAACCGCUACAAGCUGUUUCUGGAGUGCACCCUGAUCCUCACCUCGGUCGUGCCUCCUGAGCUGCCCAUCGAGCUGUCCCUGGCCGUCAACACCUCCCUCAUUGCCCUGGCCAAGCUCUACAUGUACUGCACAGAGCCCUUCCGGAUCCCCUUUGCUGGCAAGGUCGAGGUGUGCUGCUUUGACAAGACGGGGACGUUGACCAGUGACAGCCUGGUGGUGCGCGGUGUGGCCGGGCUGAGAGACGGGAAGGAGGUGACCCCAGUGUCCAGCAUCCCUGUAGAAACACACCGGGCCCUGGCCUCGUGCCACUCGCUCAUGCAGCUGGACGACGGCACCCUCGUGGGUGACCCUCUAGAGAAGGCCAUGCUGACGGCCGUGGACUGGACGCUGACCAAAGAUGAGAAAGUAUUCCCCCGAAGUAUUAAAACUCAGGGGCUGAAAAUUCACCAGCGCUUUCAUUUUGCUAGUGCCCUGAAGCGAAUGUCCGUGCUUGCCUCGUAUGAGAAGCUGGGCUCCACCGACCUCUGCUACAUCGCGGCCGUGAAGGGGGCCCCCGAAACUCUGCACUCCAUGUUCUCCCAGUGCCCGCCCAACUACCACCACAUCCACACCGAGAUCUCCCGGGAAGGAGCCCGCGUCCUGGCGCUGGGGUACAAGGAGCUGGGACACCUCACUCACCAGCAGGCCCGGGAGGUCAAGCGGGAGGCCCUGGAGUGCAGCCUCAAGUUCGUCGGCUUCAUUGUGGUCUCCUGCCCCCUCAAGGCUGACUCCAAGGCCGUGAUCCGGGAGAUCCAGAAUGCGUCCCACCGGGUGGUCAUGAUCACGGGAGACAACCCGCUCACUGCAUGCCACGUGGCCCAGGAGCUGCACUUCAUUGAAAAGGCCCACACGCUGAUCCUGCAGCCUCCCUCCGAGAAAGGCCGGCAGUGCGAGUGGCGCUCCAUUGACGGCAGCAUCGUGCUGCCCCUGGCCCGGGGCUCCCCAAAGGCACUGGCCCUGGAGUACGCACUGUGCCUCACAGGCGACGGCUUGGCCCACCUGCAGGCCACCGACCCCCAGCAGCUGCUCCACCUCAUCCCCCAUGUGCAGGUGUUCGCCCGUGUGGCCCCCAAGCAGAAGGAGUUUGUCAUCACCAGCCUGAAGGAGCUGGGCUACGUGACCCUCAUGUGUGGGGAUGGCACCAACGACGUGGGCGCCCUGAAGCAUGCUGAUGUGGGUGUGGCGCUCUUGGCCAACGCCCCUGAGCGGGUUGUCGAGCGGCGACGGCGGCCCCGGGAAAGCCCAACCGUGAGCAACAGUGGCAUCAGAGCCACCUCCAGGACAGCCAAGCAGCGGUCAGGGCUCCCUCCCUCCGAGGAGCAGCCAACCUCCCAGAGGGACCGCCUGAGCCAGGUGCUGCGAGACCUCGAGGACGAGAGCACGCCCAUUGUGAAACUGGGGGAUGCCAGCAUCGCAGCACCCUUCACCUCCAAGCUCUCGUCCAUCCAGUGCAUCUGCCACGUGAUCAAGCAGGGCCGUUGCACGCUGGUGACCACGCUACAGAUGUUCAAGAUCCUGGCGCUCAAUGCCCUCAUCCUGGCCUACAGCCAGAGCGUCCUCUACCUGGAGGGGGUCAAGUUCAGUGACUUCCAGGCCACCCUACAGGGGCUGCUGCUGGCCGGCUGCUUCCUCUUCAUCUCCCGUUCCAAGCCCCUCAAGACCCUCUCCCGAGAACGGCCCCUGCCCAACAUCUUCAACCUGUACACCAUCCUCACCGUCAUGCUCCAGUUCUUUGUGCACUUCCUCAGCCUUGUCUACCUGUACCGUGAGGCCCAGGCCCGGAGCCCCGAGAAGCAGGAGCAGUUCGUGGACUUGUACAAGGAGUUUGAACCAAGCCUGGUCAACAGCACCGUCUACAUCAUGGCCAUGGCCAUGCAGAUGGCCACCUUCGCCAUCAAUUACAAAGGCCCGCCCUUCAUGGAGAGCCUGCCCGAGAACAAGCCCCUGGUGUGGAGUCUGGCAGUUUCACUCCUGGCCAUCAUUGGCCUGCUCCUCGGCUCCUCGCCCGACUUCAACAGCCAGUUUGGCCUCGUGGACAUCCCUGUGGAGUUCAAGCUGGUGAUUGCCCAGGUCCUGCUCCUGGACUUCUGCCUGGCGCUCCUGGCCGACCGCGUCCUGCAGUUCUUCCUGGGGACCCCGAAGCUGAAAGUGCCUUCCUGAGAUGGCAGUGCUGGUACCCACUGCCCACCCUGGCUGCCGCUGGGCGGGAACCCCACCAGGGCCCCGGGAGGGAACCCUGCCCCCCAACCCCCCACAGCAAGGCUGUACAGUCUCGCCUUUGGAAGACUGAGCUGGGACCCCCACAGCCAUCCGCUGGCUUGGCCAGCAGAACCAGCCCCAAGCCAGCACCUUUGGUAAAUAAAGCAGCAUCUGAGAUUUUAAAAA